UUGAGCAUCUUUGCGUCCCUUCACAUUCUUUCUAUCAGUCAGCCCUUCAUUUCUACCUGAACCAUGAAUCUCGCCAUUAUAAUGCCGCUCAUACUGCUCCAUCGUUCACGCAAGAACCGGCCUGCUCGCCUUCUCCGUUCGACAGCUGUGUGCCCAUCCACAGCUACCUCAAUCUGCUAUGUCUCGAAAGACUCUGUCUCUCUUGAUAAUCUCAUCUACUCUUCUGCAUCACAAAAGUAUCGCCCAGCAGAUGACGCUGCUACCGGAUGGCUUCGUUAUCUAGCACUAUCUGGACAGAAAGACGAGAACGCUGGUGGCAGCCGGGCUGCGACGAACCAGAAACCAGCUAACCAUCAAGCUGUUGUUGAAGUCAGGAAGGGUGAUUCAAACUGUCACUCUCAAGGCCCGCAAUUGUCGCUCGACAGGCUCCAGAACACAAUCGUCUUGAACAUCAGGAAAGUGACGUCGAUUUUGCCGCUGGAGUUAGACUCACAGAAAUUUCGGACCACUCAGGAGGAGAGAGCGAGCAUGCUCAGCGUUUGGGAAUUGAUGGAUCUACUGUUAUACUGAUA